CAUUUUAGCUGAAACAUUGGAGUAAUUAACUGUAAUAAUAAUAAUCAAAAUUAGAAAGAAGACCAUAAGCAACACACACGUACUCGUAGAAAGCAUUUCCUUCAUUUUUUUUUUCUCUCUCUACAUUCAAUCUUCCGAUCUCAGGGAAGAGAAAGAAUAUCAAAUCCAAACCCAAAAUUUAUUCGAUUCAAAUUCAAAGUUGAUGAUUCAAAUGAUACAAGAAAGUCAAUAAAUCAACAUAACAUAUUCAGAUUAAUUACACACACAUUGUGGGUAUAUUCAUAUUGGUGUAGUUUUUUGUUUGAGGUGAUUUACCAAAUGCAUUGGUCUCGUAAGAGACCAGUUUUAAUAUCAUUUGAUUGCUGUGUUAUUGGAUCUGAUGGUGAGAAGAAUUUCAACAUUCAAUUUGAAUUGUUUGAGAAUUUCGAAACAGAACAAUAAUAAUAAUAAUAAUAAUAUUAAUCCAAGAGGCCUUAUUAGGGUUGUGGAUUGGAAUUGGGAUUGGGUAGUGAGGGAAGUUAAGGUGGAGAAGAGAAGCAGCGAUGCAGCUGCACUUCUCACCUAGCAUGAGAAGUAUAACAAUAUCGAGCAGCAGCAGCAGCAACAAUGGAGGAGGAGGUUAUGGUGAUUUAAUGAAGAUCAAAGUCGCAGCUCGUCAUUUUUCAUAUCGAACCAUUUUCCAUACAAUACUUAUCUUAGCAUUUUUGUUGCCAUUUGUCUUCAUUCUCACUGCUGUUGUUACCCUUGAAGGUGUUAACAAGUGCUCCUCAUUUGAUUGUUUAGGUAGACGAUUAGGACCAAAGCUUCUCGGACGAACUGAUGAUACAGGGCAGAGGCUGGUAAAGGAUUUUGUUAAGAUCCUCAAUCAAGUGAACUCUGAGAAAGUGCCUGCUGGCUUGAAGCUCCCAGAGUCCUUUAGUCAACUUGUUACUGAAAUGAAAAACAACAAGUACAGCGCAAAAGAAUUUGCUUUGGUGCUAAAGGGAAUGAUGGAGAAAUCUGAAAGAGAUAUUAGGGAAUCAAAGUUUGCAGAGCUGAUGAAUAAACACUUUGCUGCAAGUGCAAUUCCCAAAGGCAUUCACUGUCUUUCGCUGCGGUUGACUGAUGAGUACUCCUCGAAUGCUCAUGCACGCAGACAGUUGCCUUCACCAGAGCUACUCCCUCUGCUAUCUGACAAUUCAUUGCAUCACUUUGUAGUGGCCACUGAUAACAUCCUGGCUGCCUCAGUUGUGGUCAAUUCUGCUGUGCAGUCAUCUCUGAAGCCUGAAAAGAUUGUUUUCCAUGUCAUCACUGACAAGAAAACAUAUGCAGGCAUGCACUCAUGGUUUGCUCUGAAUCCUGUCACUCCUGCUCUUGUGGAGGUUAAAGGUGUUCAUCAGUUUGACUGGUUGACAAGAGAAAAUGUUCCAGUGCUUGAAGCUGUUGAGAGCCAUAAUGUUAUUCGAAAAUACUACCAUGGAAAUCAUAUUACAGGUGCCAAUCUCAGUGAUACAACUCCGCGAUCUUUUGCAUCCAAAUUGCAGGCUAGAAGUCCAAAAUAUAUAUCUUUGCUCAAUCAUCUUCGCAUAUAUUUACCAGAGCUCUUCCAAAACCUAGACAAAGUGGUUUUCUUAGACGAUGAUGUUGUAAUUCAGCGCGAUUUAUCUCCCUUGUGGGACAUCGACCUUAAUGGUAAGGUCAACGGAGCAGUUGAGACUUGUAAAGGUGAAGAUGAGUGGGUGAUGUCCAAGCGAUUCAGAAAUUACUUCAACUUUUCUCAUCCCCUAAUAGCAAAGAAUUUGAAUCCAGAAAACUGUGCAUGGGCUUAUGGGAUGAAUAUCUUUGAUUUACGUGCAUGGAGGAAGACGAAUAUUACAAAUACUUAUCAUGCAUGGCUUAAGGAGAAUCUGAAGUCAAACUUGACAAUGUGGAAGCUUGGAACAUUACCUCCUGCUUUGAUUGCUUUCAAGGGUCAUGUUCACCCAAUUGAUGCCUCGUGGCACAUGCUUGGCUUGGGGUAUCAGAAUAAGACCAAUAUUGACAAUGUGAAGAAGGCUGCUGUAAUCCAUUACAAUGGCCAGGCCAAACCUUGGCUCGAGAUAGGCUUUGAGCAUCUCCGUCCUUUUUGGGCCAAGUUUGUUAACAGCUCGAACGAUUUUAUCAGGAAUUGCCACAUACUGGAGUAGUCGACGGAUUUUCCUUCAAGGACAAAACACAUGAGAAUUUUGAAAGCCACAGGCUUUGCAAACUUUGAUUGGUUCUAGGGAACUUCAAAUUUAAUUGAGAAGGAGAUUCUGACGAUUGCCCGGAUAUAUUCAGGUUUCCAGAUUUGGUGCUUUGUCACCUCCAAAAGAGAACCUGCAUCUCUAGCAUAUGGGCAUGAGAUUCAUUCUUUCAGUCUGUAAAAUAGAAGUUGGUCGCCUAAUUCUAUUGAUUGGUCAAAGGACAAUAUUUUUGGCCUCUUAUCUGGGGUUUAGCCCACCCUCUAUUAUACUAUAGCUUAAGAGGCAAUGAUGGGGCGUCUCGGAAAAUGCUCAUCAUUGCCAUCAUCAGUCAUACAAAUUGGUGAAUUGCGAGAAGAAAAGCUAGGCGCUGCGCCCUGUUUAACUCCCGCACUGGCCUCGUUAGCUGCAGAGAUGAUUCUUCAACUUAAAAUUUCAUUUUUCCUUGUUAAUUUUGUUGUCAUUACUCCACGUUUCUUGAUUCAAUCAUCUUGGUCAUAUUAGACUGUAGGCUAUGGAAAUUUGCAUCUCAUAGUUGGGAAACUCCGUAGGUUAUUGUUUUGGUACUUGUUUUGUAUGAUUCAAGAUAUACAACUGAUAUGUGCAGAUUCUUUUUACCAAA